AUUCUGCAGGCUGCCCAGGUCCAGUGGAGCAGACAUGCGACCUCGAGGUGCCCCCCUGCUGGCAGUGGUCCUGGUUUUGGGACUGCAUGCUCUGGUAGAGGGCGAGAAACCUUCCCCCUGUCGGUGCUCCAGGCUGACACCCCACAACAGAAAGAACUGUGGCUUCCCGGGCAUCACCAGUGAGCAGUGCUUUGAUCUUGGAUGCUGCUUUGACUCUAGCGUCGCUGGGGUCCCUUGGUGUUUCCACCCACUUCCAAACCAAGAAUCGGAGCAGUGUGUCAUGGAAGUGUCAGCUCGCAAGAAUUGUGGGUACCCGGGCAUCAGUCCCGAGGACUGUGCCAGUCGAAACUGCUGCUUUUCCAACCUGAUCUUUGAAGUGCCCUGGUGUUUCUUCCCACAGUCUGUGGAAGAUUGUCACUACUGAGAGUUGCUACUGCCGAGCCACCCGUUCCCUGGGAGCUGCAAGCCAGAAGAAAGUUUCAACCAGACUUCAUCAAUCUCUGGGGUUUCUAAAACCAUCUUGACCCUUAGCAGUGGCUAGACACAGCAUUUUCCAAGUAAAGAAAAGUUG